CGUGUUUUUUUAAAUAAAAUAACUAAAUCCAACAUAUAAUAACCAAAACUUUAUUUUAUUUUUAUUUCUUACAUAGCAACCACCUCAUCUAUUAGCUACAUGAAUAAAGAAUUUGUGGCCUGGGAGAAAUUUCGACUAUCUUUAGAAACGACGAAGCAACCCACAUUAAUAGCUACAGAGGACAUAAACGCACCCAAUGAUAUGAAGACUUCAUUAGAAGGCAGUGCAGAGCCCAAUUUACCAGCUUCAAAUGCAAGUGAAAUUAUUAUGUUAAGUGAUAGUAAUUCAUCCUUUAGCUCUCUGGAAACUAUAACUACAGAAAGUAAUAACACCGUUGAUUUGACUAGUAACUACAACGAUGAUCAAUCACAGGACACAACACUUAGCUAUAAUUUUUUCGAUAUAAGUCAAUCCGUAAAGUUUGGUUUCUCAACAGCACCAAACUCUCCUACACAAACUAAUUCCUCCGCCUCAUUCGUUACAACAACGCCUAGUAAUAAGGAAAAAAAAAGUGGACGACCUCGCAAGGAACACAGCGCUCGCCCAGAUCCAUCAUAUCUGGCACGACUUAGUACGAGAGAACGCAAAUACUUGGAAGGACGUUAUAAAAAUAACGAAGCUUGUCGUAAAUCACGUUUUAGAAGCCGCCAGCGUGAAGAGGCAGAAAAAAUGGAAGAGCAAGCCUUGCAGCGCAAAAAUGCUCAAUUGAAGACCAAACUACUAAAAUACUUACACAUAUCAGAAACUUUAAAUAAUAUAGCGAAUAAAAAGAUUUAAAUCUUUUAUUCUAUCAUAUUGGACUCUUAUUUUGAAGACGUACCAAUCACAUUUGUAUCUCCAUUUUUCAUUUUUAUAGUUAAUUUAAUCAAAA